ACAAUAGAGAAGCGAUGUGUUAUUUACGUGCAAAUGGAAAGAUUAUCUAGAACGCGUAUGAAAUGAUGGCUGGCUUUACGGAGUCGGCAUUAUCUAAGAAACUUGCAGACCUUAACAGUUCGCAGCAAAGCAUACAAACUCUCUCCCUGUGGUUAAUUCAUCACCGAAAACACCAUGCCGCAAUUGUGAAAGUAUGGUUCAAAGAUUUUCUAAAAAGCAACGCGAAUAGGAAGCUGACCUUUAUGUAUCUAGCGAAUGAUGUUAUUCAAAAUAGCAAGAGAAAAGGGCCUGAAUUUGGGAAGGAGUUUGGAAGUGUUCUCAAAAAGGCCUUCGAACAUUUUUCUCUUCCUGAAUGUGAUGAAAAAACGAUUAGGAACCUCAAUCGAAUACUACAAGUUUGGGAAGAAAGAGGUGUUUAUGACAGCAAGAUGAUAAAAGAAUUCAAGAAAGCUCUGGAACCACCGGACAGAGAGCCAACUCCACCAAAGAAGAAAGUGAAGUUAACACCAAGUUUUGUGCCUGAAGUGGAAAAGCCAACUAAGAAGGAGAAAACAAUAAAAGUAAAAGUUGUACCAAGGGAGCAUAAAAAGUCAGAAACAGAAGUUGAAGUAGAUGGGACUAAAGAGUUACAUGUUACCCUAUCACCACAUACACCAUCUGGAGAUCCUCCAGAACCGGAGGAGCUUAUAAAAGCUCUCAUGGAACUAGAGAACUCUGCUUCAAGCGAUGCAGCUGUAAGGGAGAGAAUAGCUAGUCUGCCACCAGAAGUUUCUGAAGUUUCGCUUUUGAAUAAAUUAGAAGAUAAAGCAACAGCGGAGAAACUAGCAGUACAAGUCAAUGAAGCUGUACAGUUACUACUAGAAUAUAACAGUCGCCUUGCAGCUGAAAUGGAAGACCGGAAGAAAGUUUCCUCAAUGAUGAGAGAUUUUAUUCAGGCUCAGAGAGAACUCUAUGCACAAGCUGAACAGAGGUUAGAGGAAUACAAAGAGAAACUACAGAAGGUGUAUGUUGUACGUCAGGAGAUAAAGUCUCACAUUCAGAAUCUCCCAGACUUGACUCAACUGCCUGAUGUGACAGGAGGGCUGGCCCCUCUACCAUCUGCAGGAGAUCUUUUUAGUUUGCACUGACUACUUUUUUUUUCUUUCAAGAAGACUGCUAUGUAUAUAGAUCAUGUAUAUAGAAAAUUACCAAAUAUUGUUAUAUGCUUUUACAUGUGUUCUCUUGAAGCUGCAUUUUUCUUUUGUUUUUUAAAAAAAUAUAUAUAAUAGACACAGAUCAUAAUGCUUGUCAACUAUAUUGUUUCAAGAGUGUGUAGCAUUUAAUUAUCACAGUUUCAUGUGUUAGCUGUCUCUUGUGGAGCACUUUGGAACAUUACAAAGUAGCUUUGAUUGUGAAGCACCAAUUUUUAUUUUAUUUUUGUUGUUUGUUAAGAAAAACACCUUGCUUGCAGUCCAGUUGCCUGUUUGUUCAUGCAAGUAGCAUGAAUAUGUUUCGAUCAUGUAGAUAAAAAGCCAGUAACCCUCCCUACUCACGAUGAUUGUUGUUGUAUACUGAAAUGUGUUAGUAAAUUUAUUGUUGACCAAUCUGAUUUAUUGCUGUUAUUCCUAAAAAUUAACUCAAGUUCAAAUUUUCUUUUAUUUAUCUUUUCACAUGUCUAAAACAAAAGGUCACAUUCUUAGUAAUGACAGCUGAUAUUAAAUAGAAAAGUAACUCCCCAUUCCCAAAUAUCUCUCUCUCUCUCUCUCUCUCUCUCUCUCUCUCUCUCUCUC